AUGCUAUCGCUGUGGAAACCAGGUCACGGUGCCAUGCUAUCGCUGUGGAAACCAGGUCACCGUGCAUGCUACCGCUGUGGAAACCAGGUCACCAAGCCAUGCUAUCGCUGUGAGAAACCAGGUCACCGUGCCAUGCUAUCGCUGUGGGAAACCAGGUCACCGAGCCAUGCUAUCGCUGUGGGAAACCAGGUCACCGUGCCAUGCUAUCGCUGUGGGAAACCAGGUCACCGGAGCCAUGCUAUCGCUGUGGGAAACCAGGUCACCGUGCCAUGCUAUCGCUGUGAAAAACCAGGUCACCGAGCCAUGCUAUCGCUGUGGGAAACCAGGUCACCGUGCCAUGCUAUCACUGUGGGAAACCAGGUCACCGUGCCAUGCUAUCGCUGUGGGAAAUCAGGUCACGGUGCCAUGCUAUCGAUGUGGGAAACCAGGUCACCAAGCCAUGCUAUCGCUGUGGGAAACCAGGUCACCGUGCCAUGCUAUCGCUGUGAGAAACCAGGUCACGGUGCCAUGCUAAUCGCUGUGAGAAACCAGGUCACCAUGCCAUGCUAUCGCUGUGAGAACCCAGGUCACGGUGCCAUGCUAUCGCUGUGA